AUGUCAGCAAAUGUUCAACCUGCCCCACCAUCUGACGUGGAUCAGACUUCGGGACCAUCUGUCCUAACGUUAGAAGAUUCAAAAGUCAAGGUCGUCGCCUUUUUAAAGAAGAGACUUAAUCGUGUUAAAUUGCACUACCAUGAGUUCCUUGCGGAACUCACCUACCUUCAGGGCGGGGGCUUACUCACUGAUUUCGAGUCCUGGCGGCGUGAUCGUCCACAGGAUCUCAUGCACGCUCUUUUUUCCGGUCAUCUUGACGCCGACGAUCUUAACGGAAUUAGCGCUUUUAUGUCCGGUCAUUUGCCAAUGCAUGAAAUGUUCCCAAUUCAUGUUGACAGCUCACAAGUUGAUGACAUGGACGAUGACUCAGAUGAGGAUUUUGGGAGGAUCGUGGAUGAGUCAGCAAUACCCGUUCUCGUGCGGAAAGAGGUGGAGACACUCAAACGGGUACUCGAGUUCAAGCGGUUAGGUCUGUGGUCGCGAGACGCCACCUCACUUUCUGGUGACGACAAGCAGCGUUCCUCUGAUGCCAAACCCUCACUUUCUUCACUUGCUCCACCACCAGAGUUGAUUCGUCCCAAGGACCAUUUGGAUUACAUGUUCGCUGAGAUGCGAUGGCUCGCCGAGGAUUUCAAAAAGGAACGUCAUUGGAAGAAGGUUACCGCCAAAAAGCUCGCCUACGCUGCACUCAAGGUGUAUAAAGAAAAAGCGGAACGCUCGCUCAAGGCUGAGCGGGACGAAGCCGCUCGGAUUCGAAAACAAUGUGCUCUGAUCGCCCGAAUGGUGCGGGAUUGGUGGCGGCAGAUGGACAAAAUUGUACAAACCAAACAGAAGGCCCGUUUGACUGCCCGGCAUCAGCAGGCCAUGUCAACUCACCUGGGUCACGUAAUAGAGACUACUGAAAGGUAUACAAUGUGGCUGACAGAGGGUAUCAUUGGAGCCAAACAGCCCACUGUCACCGAUCAGGAGGCCUCUGAUAAGGAAACUGCCAGAAAUGAAAAGGCUAAGGAGGCUGAGCCUUCCAAAGAAUCUGAUGCUGAGUUUGUAGCUGACGAGGAUGAAUCCACUGAUGAUGAAGAGACUAUCGCCAAGGAAGAAGAAAUGGCUCGUCGAGACGCAGAUUCGAAGGAGGAUGAGUCUAGAGAAGUGGCGGCCCUCUGUGCUGAAGCUGAGGCCUCCAUCGAUGACCUUCUUCCUCCCGGCUACCUUGAACAUCUUCAGCAACUUCAUGAAGCUGGGUGUAUGGCGCUAAAGCGCGGAGCUGAUGAGCUUUCUUCGGAGGAGGAUGAAAUACCGCCAAGAAAGAAGCGUCGUCCGGACGGCCGUUUUAACAGAGUGGUCGAGAGCUCUACCGAUGAUGAGAUGGUUGCUGAACAGGAAGCACGCGGGAGGGCCAAACGCGAUUACGAAAACAAUUGUGAUGAAGAUAAUGAUGGUGACAACGGGCCAUCACGAAGCGAGUUGAAAGAAGUAUCCCAACUUGAGGCUGAAGCCGAUAUGUCGAUAGAGGAGCUGUUGGCUCGUUACGGACUCAAGUCGGACCAGCUGACCCACUGGAAGGAGCAAAGUAAUGCUCUGGGGUCAUCAUCCUCAUCAACUGUAGACACCAGCUCAGCCACUGAUAGUGCCUCCGAUUCUGGAACCUCUGAUAGUGAAUCCUCGUCUGAGACAUCAUCUGUCUUUGAAACGGAAGGGGAUGAUGAGGAAGCGGUAGAGGAACCUGGAUUGAAGGAAUUGCUCUCGGAUGAUGAGAAGGAGAAUCUGGAGAAAAACGAUUCUUCCAUGCCUGAUAAUCCAGAGCUGAGGGCAAUUGCCGAUGUGGCGAUGAGUGCACAGCCCCAAGGCAACACAUUAGCUUCAGUGGCAGAGCCAGUUAAGGCACCCUUCCUGCUGGCGGGGACACUUCGAGAGUACCAGGUGGUGGGGCUGAGUUGGCUGGUGGCCAUCUAUCAGAAGCGUCUCAACGGUAUUCUUGCAGAUGAGAUGGGUCUAGGAAAGACCAUCCAAACUAUUGCCUUGCUCGCUUACCUUGCCUGCGAAUUGGGCAUCUGGGGACCGCAUCUGAUUGUUGUGCCCAACUCUGUUAUCCUUAAUUGGGAGGUGGAGUUCAAGAAGUGGUGUCCCGGCUUUAAGAUUCUCACUUACUUUGGCUCUGCCAAGGAGCGCAAGGCCAAACGAAAGGGCUGGACAAAGACAAACGCGUUCCAUGUUUGCAUCACAUCAUAUCGGUUGGCGAUUCAGGACAGUUCUGCAUUUAAACGAAAAAAGUGGAAGUACCUGAUUCUGGAUGAGGCUCAGAACAUCAAGAAUUUCAAGUCUCAACGUUGGCAGACGCUACUUACUUUCAACAGUCAGCGACGGCUCCUCUUGACUGGAACACCCCUUCAGAACUCCCUUAUGGAGCUCUGGUCUCUCAUGCACUUCCUUAUGCCGAACAUCUUCCAGUCGCAUCGGGAGUUUCAAGAAUGGUUUGCGUCCCCUCUCACAGGCAUGAUCGAGGGAAACAGUGAGUACAAUGAGCAACUUGUGAUGCGGUUGCACAAGGUCCUUCGACCCUUCCUUUUGCGUCGCCUGAAGGAGGAUGUUGAACGUCAGAUGCCGAAGAAGUACGAGCAUGUCAUCCUCUGUCGUCUUUCGAAGCGCCAACGCUACCUCUACGAUGAUUUCAUGUCUCUAUCGACCUUUGGCCUGUAUACCUGGCUUGCACACUGUAGAACGAAGGACACCCUGGCGUCAGGUCAGUUCCUCUCCGUCAUGAACAUUCUGAUGCAGUUACGCAAGGUCUGCAACCACCCAAAUCUCUUUGAACCACGACCCAUCACCUCGCCCUUCCACAUAGCCGAUGGCGAGGUGCGGCUGGAGGUGCCGCGUCUGGUGGCACAGGCCUCGCAGCCUCUCCUCGUGACCUUUCAUCCUGGCACACCUUCCGCGUGGACUCAGGCCCGCAGCCUCGAUUGGCUCGACCGUGCCGGUGCCGCUGCUCGUCUCCUCGGUCAGACGGCCAAUCUGGCCGAAAUGGCCCGCGAUUUGCCUGCUUUUGUGGCGCGCCGGGUGCACCAGCUCCAGGCUAAACCUGGUCUCAUCUCCGUGGUGGAGGACUCGGAUCCUGUUGAUUUUGUUUCGAGACAGCGCGAAUUUUUCAACGAUCUGAAGAAACGGAAAGGCCUGAAAGUGGACGAUUCCUGCUCAGGUCGACGGCAUCAGCCUCUCGUCUUUUUGUCUCGCUCCGUUGUGCUCGAAGUGAACGAAGAGAUCGCUAAGUCAGUGGAUGGAUACUAUCAUUGUAGGCACUUGCACUUAGCUCCGUGUGUAUUUGCCCAACGCCGUCCCAAUCCCUGGGACGCAGGCAUUCCCAAAUCCGUGCUCCGAUUGCGUCACAUCGAGCGUCAACACCGUAUCUCCCUCCUGGCACGUGUGAACGAGCGUCGCUGUGCCAAUCCCUACGGAACCCCCAACUUCGAGACCACCUCCAUUCCCACUCCUGACCUCAUCUACUUUCUUACCUCUGCCGUCAUAUGCCGCCCUGUCAAGAGACCCACCCACUUCGCCACCGGUGCCUGGGUUGCCUGCCAACGCGCCCUCCGAACCUGGCCCGAUAAACGAGCCUGCGAUGACUUCGACGGUCCUCCGACCUACCUCCGUCAUCCCACUUUCGUGGUUGGUGGUAUGGGUGCUCCUAGUUUGCAAGCAGCUGAAUUAGAACGUUUGCAGGCUUUUUACGGGCCUGAAGCUGCUUUUCCUGUUCGCACGGUGUCUUCCAAAGCCCUCAGACAAAUGCUCUUCAGUCCAGUCGAUUGUCUGGAGUACUUCUCUGGUUAUUUUGACAAGUUUCUUAUCACUACUCCAUCAGCGAUCUCAUCAGGCGUUCGUCUCCACACCUCGUGUGCUAGUGUUCACCGCAUUGAAAUGCAGCAGGAGGCAGUGCUUGAGGGCAUCCUGCAACCUUUCCUCGAGGCAGCGAGAGUGUUCAAGCACUGCAUUGUCCACAAAAAGAACUCCACACUGGCCAAAGUGCACUGUGCCUGCGAUAGCCUCACCUUCCGCUCCUGGUUGAUGCCUGCUCAGCUGUAUCGGGUGUGUAACAGCCAUUUGUUCCAGUUUCCCGACCCGAGACUUAUCCAAUACGACUGUGGAAAACUGCAGCGUCUGGAUCUGUUGCUGCGAGAGCUCUAUGCAGACGAGCAUCGCGUGCUGAUAUUCACGCAGAUGGCGCGUAUGUUAGAUAUUUUGGAGCAGUUCUUGGCUUACCAUGGUUACCGAUAUCUACGGCUAGAUGGUACGACGAAAGUGGAACAGCGUCAGGUCCUCAUGGAGCGCUUCAACAUGGAUUCGCGUAUAUUUGUUUUCAUUCUCUCCACCCGAUCCGGUGGUCUUGGUGUCAAUCUGACCGGUGCGGAUACCGUCAUUUUUUACGAUUCGGAUUGGAAUCCUACGAUGGAUGCGCAAGCUCAGGAUAGAUGUCAUAGAAUCGGUCAAACGCGCGAUGUGCACAUCUACCGUCUCAUCAGUGAGCGCACAGUGGAGGAGAAUAUUCUUCGCAAGGCCAACCAAAAGCGCCUUCUAAGUGAUGUUGCCAUCGAGGGCGGCAAAUUUACUACGGCAUUCUUCAAACAAAGCAUCAUCUCCGAUCUCUUCGCUGAACCCUCCGGCCUUCUGGAUCUACUUCAAGACAAGGAAGAGAGAGAAGCAGCAAGGACAAAGAAAGCAGACGAUGUUGAGGAGGGAACGAAGGAGAAUAGUGCAGCUCAAUCUCCCCCCUCACCUCCUCUCCUGACCACUCGCAGUGGGCGUCAAAUUCGGUGGAAGGGAGCCACUUCGAUCCUCCUCAACGCCAAACAGCAGUCAUCCACCGCUGCAGCAGCCUCCAACCAAGCCGCCAUCACGGACUCUCAGUGGGUCGCCGCACUGGAUGCCUGUGAAGAUGAUGAGAACGAUCGCGUGGCGGCCAAACGCGCUCUUGAUGAAGCUAAGGCUGAUCUGGAAGAGUUUGACGAAUCUAAACCCAUUGAAGGCGCGGAGUCUGGAGAAGGAGAUGUGAAGAUAUCAGGCACUGACGCGGCUCCCUCCAUUGAGGGUUCGACCUCGGAUCCGCUGGCUCGUUUCGUCAAGAAGCGGCAGCAGGAGGCUAACGCCAUAGAUUCCAAUGCCGCCGUUGGCUCAGACGCACUUACCCCCGAGGCCAUGGUCGAACGCGAACUGGCUGAGUUUGAGUCUCUUCUUCGGCCCAUUGAACGUUUCGGAGUCAACCAUUUGGAGAGCUUUCAGGACGAUACACUGAAUCUGGAAUUGGAGCAGUUUGAGGCACAAAUCGAGGAAUCAAAGAAGGAGUGGAAGUUGAACACUCUAAAAGCCCUGCACGAAGCGGACGAGGAGCGAGCAGAGUUAGAGGAGGACGAAAUUCUCUACUGUGAUCCCGAUUACGAUCCGGAGGCCGCGCGUCUGGCGGAGUUAGGUGAACUCGAGAGGGCAGAAGAGAUGGAAGGGAUGACAGGACGUGGUAUAAGGGGUCGACGAGGUCGUGGUGGUGGACACUUCCGUGGACGCGGACCUCGUAUCCGUGGUGGAGCCGCGUCUAUUGGACGGGGUGCUGCACGUCGUGUAGACAAUGAACGUUCCACUAUCCGCAGUCGAGACAGCGAUACUAGCUCUUCUACCACUGCCAGAUUUCGGCUACAUCGUCCGUCUCCAGAUAACGAUGAGUCCUCGGUGGACAGAGCAGCGUGGUUUCACGCGCGGUACCGCGACAACGCUGGAGGUCGUAGACGACUGCCCAUCCCCGACUAUGUGGACUGGGAUGAGGAAGAGGAUGAAGAUGAACCGGAGGCCACUGAUAUCUGGUCUCCGUCUCCCGUUCCUAGUCGACGAGAUUUCGCCAUCUCCUCCGCCCUCACCACAGCGCUUCCACCAAAGCGUGGAAGGGGUCGAGGACGGGGCCGUGGGACUACCAAUGGAAGUUCAAUCUCGAUGAGAGGACGACGACGUCCCUCUGAUUACUGGCGACCUGAAGGGGCUGAAGUCACCUAUCCGAAACGAAGGCGGCGCUACUCAUCCUCCCUGUACGCUGACGAUAUGGAAGACUCUGCCUCCACUUCAGUGCGCUCGGAUUCGAUGAUUUCGGUAGAAAAUUAUGCAGUCAGAGCUGGGCAACGCGGACGACCGCCCCCUGCGCCAAUGUCCACGCAAUACCGUCCACGGGUAAGGUGUCAUACGCCGCGUCAUCGUCUGACGUUGAAUCCCCAGCCUCGACUACAGUCCUUCUUCCGACCUACCGUUGGAAUUCCAAUGCGCUCGGCUAACAUCGCCCCGCCCCGACAAUACCAUCCCCCAUCUGUUUCACCAACUCAGGUUGUUCAGGAAGAGCCCACAGUUUCCGUACAGACCCUCUCCAAUGGAGCGCACUCGGUGCAACCGCUCCGACAAGUUCUUAGCGGUCCCUCAAGUCAACCUGUCUUUGUCAUUACAAGGCAGUUGAAGACUUCUUCGGGAGAGGUUUACCAGCAGAGGAUCACACAGCCAGUUCAACCGCCUACGAAGUAUGUACAGGUCGUGCGUAGAGCGUCUCAAGUCUCGAAUGCGGUCCAGCCACAGGCUGUGAUGCCAUCUGCACCACGUCCCAUCAUCCGACUAAACCCACCCCUCACUCGUGUGACCAGCGCCCUCACCUCGACAACUGUCAAUACCACUGCUGCCACUACCAACGCCGCUGCCACUACCCUUCUCCCGGGAAGAAAGAUCAUUCGGGUGGUUCGAUCCACCGCCCCCAACGCGAUUCGCAUUCUGCCACCAAGAAUCCCACCCUAG